UUAUUAUGUGAACUUUCCACUUUUUUGCAGAUCCUUCAAGAUUAUCAAUGGCAGGAACAUUUCUGUUGCAGCUUUCGUUGCCGUGGUUUAUGUAAUGAGAAGAAAAAAAUCAACUUCUUGAGAGAAGCCUUUUGAACAGCCUAUUAGACUGUCGCUCAGAGUGAUCUCAGAGAAGAAUCCAAUAUGAAUACAUCACUCCUCUCCUUCACAGGAAAUAAUUCUAUUCAAAACGUCUCCAAUGAGGCUUCUGGUCGCUUACAUUUCCAGGACGUUGACUGCCAGGUGCCCUUGGCAAUAGUAUUCACCUUGGCCUUGGCUUAUGGAGUUGUUAUCCUUCUUGGCAUUUUUGGAAAUCUGGCAUUAAUUAUUAUAAUCUUGAAGCAAAAGGAAAUGCACAAUGUGACCAACAUUCUCAUUGUCAAUCUGUCCUUUUCAGACCUCCUAAUAACUAUCAUGUGUCUUCCUUUCACAUUUGUAUAUACUCUAAUGGACCACUGGGUUUUUGGGGAGACCAUGUGCAAACUUAAUCCUUUCGUGCAGUGUGUCUCUGUCACAGUCUCUGUUUUUUCCUUGGUCCUCAUAGCUAUUGAACGCCAUCAGUUGAUUAUCAACCCUCGCGGCUGGAGGCCUAAUAACAGACAUGCUUAUAUUGGAAUUGCCACCACCUGGAUCCUAGCAAUAGCCUCGUCUUUGCCUUUCCUCGUAUACCAUGUUUUAACCGACGAACCUUUCACUAAUAUAACCAUAGAGGACUACAAGGGAAAAUAUGUAUGCUUGGAUUCAUUUCCAUGGGAGUCAGCCAGACUGUCCUACACUACUAUUCUCUUGGUGAUACAAUACUUGGGGCCCCUUUGUUUUAUAUUCAUCUGCUACUUAAAGAUCUAUAUUCGCUUAAAAAGAAGAAGCAACAUGGUGGAUAAGAUGAGGGAUAAUAAAUACAGGUCUACCGAAACAAAAAGGAUCAAUAUUAUGCUGCUCUCGAUUGUGGUGGCAUUUGCCGUGUGCUGGCUACCACUCACCAUCUUCAAUACGGUCUUUGACUGGAAUCAUGAAAUUCUCCCUGCAGCCUGCAGCCACAAUCUGCUCUUUUUAAUCUGUCACCUUACCGCUAUGAUCUCAACCUGUGUGAAUCCCAUCUUCUAUGGAUUCCUCAACAAGAACUUUCAACGGGAUCUACAGAUUUUCUUUCGUUUCUGUGAUUUCCACACCAGAGUCGAUGACUAUGAAACAAUAGCCAUGUCUACAAUGAACACAGAUAUUUCAAAGACUUCCCUGAAGCAAGCCAGCCCUCUCACUUUUAAAAAAAUUAAUGACCACACCGAUGAAAAAAUAUAGCUGCUGUGUCAUGACUGACAUGGUUUCAUGAACAAACACCAGAUUCUAAAGAGGCUUAUUUUUCUUCCACCAACUCUGAAAUGUCAUUUUCAUGUUUCUGCUGUUGCUGUUGUUUUGCAUGUUUGCUAUUUUUAAAUGAAGAGUUCUUUCUAAUAUUAUAGAGUAAAUUGACACUUUUGCUGCCUGAAAUGGAAUCCCCCCCCCAACUAUUUGUGCUUUCAUAUAUUUCUCUAUCAAUUCAGUAUAUUAUUUAAGAGUAUUCCUUUGUAUAAUUAUAUACAUUCUCUAUAAUUAAUAUAGAAUUUAUAUAAUUAAAAAUUCUAAGAAAGAAAGCUGUACAGUGUUCAAUAAAGCCUUCUAUUUAAAUUUUAUUUUCAUACGGAACUAGGUCAAUUUUAGUCAUAUAUUCUAGGAGCAACAUACUAAAAUAAAAUCAAACUGUAGGAGAUGGACAGACUGAGCCUGAGGAGCAAUCAAAUGUAUCAUCAGUCUUCAGUCACUUUGCGCCUACAGGAGAUCUAACUCCAGACCAUCUUGAAUUCCAUUGACUCUUAUCUACCACCAAUUUUCUUUGACCGUUAGUAGUUCAGAUUCUUGGUGAGAGUUUAAGCUUGCAAUAAACCUUUAUAUUUAUUUGACCUGCCUGGAUUUCCUGCUUUCUCACAAUUGACACAAACAGGUUGGUAUGCAUUUCUUAAAGGUUUUUAGUAUUCAAACCUAAAAACCUCUGUGCAAUUAAAUAAAAUAUAGAACGAAUUGUAGAAACAGGUUAGGCUAACACUCAUAUUUUAAAACUAUUUUUUUUAGGACACUUGUGAAGAAUCACUUCUCAGUGAACUAAAUGACCCUGUUUUUCAAGUCAUCAUAAUCAUGGCAUUGUGGUGUUUUUCUCUGGAUGGGACAUUUCAGCAUUUACCUCACUAGUAAUUAAGGCAUCCCAUGGUCUUUCUAAAUACUUAUAAUGCAACAUUUUCAUUGAUGGUUGUGUUUGUAAAUAGAGUUAUGGAUCAGAACAAACUAUUCCUGUAUGUUUUAUCUUUGUAAAAAUAAUCGCCACUAUAUGGUUUUUAAGUGGAGAAAAAGUCAAUAUAGUUCUCUUAUUAUCAUAAACCUACUGAGUUUCUUCUUUAUGAUACUUAUUACACUUUUUAAAAAAGAGAUCCAGUUGCAGUUCUCACGGUAUCUCUCUGUGACUAUGCCAUAAGUAUGUGGCCUGUGCAGCAGGGGUAAAAUCCAGCAGGUUCUGGAGAACCGAUAGUGGAAACUU